UUAAAUGCAUAAGCAUAAGCAUAACAUAUAAGAUCUAAGAAGUUUCAAAAUUAGCAUUGCUUUUAGCCCCUUACAAUUUAUAUUACAGCAAUCCAACUCUAGCCGUUAAUUGAUUCCAAAUCCUCUACCACCACUAAGCUAUAAAGGGUUAUUGUGCUUGCACCUCCAUUAACGUUGUUCACCAAAAAUAACACUUUCUCCUUCUUUCACACAUACUUCUUUUCCUCUUCUAAGAUACAAAAGAUCUUUCCUUUUUUCUUUUUUCUUUUCUCUUUGUAAAAACUAUGGAUUUUCUACCUAGCAAUACAAGAUUUCUUCCUCUUCUUUUUGUGCCCAUUUUUGGGUUCUUCUUAGUUCCUUCAUUGGCUAAGCUUCAACGGUUCGAGCAGCCGCUGAAACCUGAUGGCUCCCUUAGCUUCUUGGUUAUUGGAGACUGGGGAAGAAGAGGACUUUAUAAUCAAUCUGAAGUUGCAUUGCAGAUGGGAGUAAUUGGAGAGGACCUGAACAUAGACUUUGUCAUCUCUACUGGGGAUAAUUUUUAUGAUGAUGGCUUGACAGGAGUGGAUGAUCCUGCAUUUUAUGAGUCAUUUACUAAUAUCUAUACUGCCCCAAGCUUGCAAAAGCAAUGGUUUAGCGUUCUGGGAAACCAUGAUUACAGGGGUAAUGCUACAGCGCAGUUAAGUCCCCUUCUAACAGAAAAGGAUAGCAGAUGGCUUUGCUUGAGGUCAUUUAUAGUCAAUGCAGAAAUUGUGGAAUUUUUCUUUGUGGACACAUCACCAUUCGUGAAUGACUACUUCAUAGACCCAGAGCACACCUAUGACUGGACAGGUGUGGCUCCUAGAGAAAAGUACCUCACGAAUCUGCUAAAGGAUUUGGAUUCAGCACUAGGAAGUUCCUGUGCGAAAUGGAAAUUUGUUGUCGGUCACCAUGCCAUCUUUAGUGUAGGACAUCAUGGAAACACCAACGAGCUGAUAAACUACCUAGUCCCAAUCUUAAAGAAUCAUAAUGUUGAUGUUUACAUUAAUGGCCACGAUCACUGCGUACAACACAUCAGUAGCAGCGAUGGCAAAAUUCAGUAUCUGACGAGUGGAGGUGGUUCAAAGGCUUGGAGAGGUGAUAUAAGGAAGUGGAAUCCAGAUGAAUUGAAAUUAUAUCAUGACGGCCAAGGUUUCAUGUCAGUAGAAAUGAUUGACACCAAUGCUCGCUUUGCAUUCUAUGAUGUCCUUGGCAAUGUUUUGCACCAAUGGAGCAUCUCCAAAGAGGGUCAUUCAGCUAUGUAGGAACGCAAGAGUCAACUGUAGCUAGUAGGAGGAUACAGCCUCUGUCGAUGUAUAUAAUAUAUAUAUAAGUGUACAAAGCAAGCCUUGUCGCAAUUGUAAGACUGCUUCUAUGAGAGCAGAACGUCACAAAUUGAUGUCAUGGCAACUAGAUUUGCAAAAGAUAUGAGAUCAUUUGAGAUAAUGUACAAGAAAUAGGUGGAUCCAUAUCUUUGAAAUUUCUAAGUUGAUGUACAGACAUAAAAGAAAAAUGAUACUGGUAGUUUAAAUGGGUUUUAUUA